AUGCCCAAUUUUUCAACCGGCUUUUACGGCCCACUCAGCAACGAGGACGAUGAUCUCGCAAUUCAUGACCUUGUCGAGCAGACCCAGGAUCUCACUGUGACCGAAGACCACCACCACCUUCAGGUGGAGGAAUUUGUUGAUGGUUGCAAUGAUGAUCUUUGUCAUGACCAUACGGCCGAGGCCUCCAAUUACUACGACGACAACGAUAGCGAUGACAGCGACAUUAUCACCAUUCAUGAUCUCGUCCUGCCAGGUGAUAUUCGGGCUCGGCAGAACUCGAGUGGGCUAGCUUGUAAGUAA